UAUCUCUAUGGCAACAAGCUCAACACAUUACCAGACACAAUAGGAAAGUUAGCUGGUUCAUUGCGAUUACUGAAUUUGUUGGACAAUAACAUUUCAGAAGUUGGCGAUGGAGAAAAGACUCUGGGUAGGAGAGAACUGAGAGCGAUAUUUGGGGAUCGUGUUGUGCUUAGCAGUAACAGCGUUGAAUAUGAAGAAGAUGAAAUUUCAGUCGGGGAUGUGUACAGAGAACUUAAGAGCAAGCCAAUGCACUGGAACUUCGAGAUGCUGAGAACACUCAGACCGCCGUCAGUUCCUGAGUUGAAGUGCAGCGAGGAGGAAUUGGUGAGGCUGUGGAAUGAGAGCAUGUUUGUGAGGGAGUGGGACAGGCUGAGGCCCGAGGUCAUUGAGACGAUUGAGGCCAGCAGAAGAGUCCUUGUGGCAGUGUAUGGAGAGGGCUUUUCUGCACUGCUCAGGACAGAUGUAGACGGGGAGACCAGAAAUAGGAAUAUCACAGAGAUUGUUACAAAGGUUGCAGAGAACAAAGACAGCUACACCAGGGAACGAAACAUCUCAAAGCUCACUGGUAAUGACAAAAGCGCCUUUAUGGACAUGUGGGAGAAGAACAGCCGCAAGUUCAUAAUGGGCGACAACAAGAGAACAAUGGACGAGUUCAUACACCACAUCUACAAUCCAGACAAAGAGUACAGGAGGUGGGGGAUGAAGAAGGAGCACACGGGUCUGGCCAAGAACCUGCUUAGAGCCAUACUCAAUGCUCUUUCGGAAGAGAGUGAUAAGAAGGUGGUCGUCUCGAACAUCAAUGGAAUCUGUGAGGGGCUUGAGUAUUGUCCGGACAGACAGAUAUCCGAGAUGAUGUUUGUGCGCAAUUUGCUGACAGGAGAUGUGGAGGAGCAGGAGGGUAGCAGUCUGGAGGACAGAGUGAGGAAGGUUGUUGAGACAUGGGUUGGGCAGGAAAAAGAACGGGUGUUUGAUAUUGCAGUGACGCCCCUGAAUGUGGGGCAGAAUGUGCAUGUUCAGAACUUCUGGAGAUACGAGCUGCGGAACGAGGUUGGGCUUGACUUUGAGUUCCAGACGGGUAUUAUGGGUGGGGAGCUGCUAAUGGAGAUGGACAGAUUCUGCCUACGUCUGGGGAAUGCACUGAGGGCUUUCUACAGGAUAUUCACACCGGAGCACAUGAUAGAUGUGCUGACAGAACGAAUCAACAGCAGGGGCUGCAUGGUGAGUAUGAUAGCACAGCUGAUAUGCAACAGUACGGAGAUCAGCAAUGAGGAUAAGAAGCGGAUGUGCCGGUGGGACGAGAAGGAGAUAUCGAGUGAUCUUUCAGAGGAUGUUGAGUACAUGAUUGGAUACACCUCAGAGAUCACUAGGGAGUUUGCGAGGUAUUUCCUGGUGAAGAUGGGUGUUAUUGUUGAGAGAGGCAGCUGGUAG